AUGACUUUAUAUGCGGACUUUGGUGUGGCCGCUCAACUUUCAAUUAGUGGGACUAAAAGAACAACAUUUGUUGGAACUCCUUUUUGGAUGGCACCAGAAGUCAUUCAACAAGCAGGUUAUGAUCAUAAGUUGGCAAAAGGUGAACCUCCAUUAUCCGAGUAUCAUCCAAUGAGAGUUUUAUUUCUUAUACCAAAAGCAAAACCACCAGUUUUAGAAGGAGGCUUUUCUAAUUCAUUCAAAGAUUUUGUCUCCUUGUGUUUAAUUAAGAAUCCAAUUCACGCAAGUCGUCCAACGGUAAAAGAAUUAUUAAAACACAAGUUCGUCAAAUCAGCUCGUGGUACCGUGCAAUUACAAGAACUAAUUGAAAGAUUUAACAACUGGAAGAUUGAUCGACCAAACAGAUUAACUAGUGUUUAUAAAACAAUGUCAUUUGUUAAUAAUAACAGUUCAAUAGAAAGUUGGAACUUUGAAACUGUUCUAAAAGCGCAUAAUGAUGGUACUAUAAAAUUAACCCGUGGUGAAUUAAAUCAAUUAGAACAGAUGAUUGCCUCCUCUUCUUCCUCCAAUGUAAUUGACAAAGAAAAAAUUGCCGAAACCAACAAAUCAAGUAUACUUUCUAAAUCUAUAAAUGAUGUUGAAGGAUUUGAUACAGCAAAAGCACCAAGAAAAUUUAGCGUGUCCACAGUAUCAUCAUCAUCCAAUUCAUCUAUUUAUAAAUACUCAAAAAACAUCCAGUUUAUUGACGCUAUUACAGAAGAAGGAAUCAUAUCAAGAAAUCUUGUUAAAUCGGAUGAAUUAAAGGCAUCAGAACUUGAAGCAUUAAGUAUGUUUGAAAAAGGGGUUGAAGAUUUAGACAACAAUAACCCUGAAUUGGUUUUGUCGAUUUUAAUAGAAAUACUUUCUCAAUUAAAAAACAAUGAUGAAAUGUGCGAGAAAUUAUCAGAUUUAGGAGUUAUUUCAGAUUUGCUUAUUAAUUCAUCUUCGUCAUCUCCUAUAAAUUUGAUAAAUGAAAUGAUUUAUACAAGAUGGAUUGAACAAUUGAAAUUUAAAUGGUUAUGGGGUUAA